CCCCCGAUCAGCGAGAUGAAGUGGGAUAGGUGUCAUGCUGUCAGCUGGAGACAUUGAUCUGGAACGACGCUACCUACUCCGUUUACGGAGGACGUGUACCUGAAGUGUGCCUGAUGUGUAGGCCGCUGUUCCGGCAAGCGACGCCUCUCUGUGGGUGUACUAGUUGCGCUCAAAUAAAAUAAGAUAAAUUGCCGGCAGAAAGGCAAGACCACGAAUAGAAUGACGAAAUAAGUGGCUAGCUUCCGCCCAGAAUAACUAUUUAAGAGUCCAGCUCCUGCUAAAAUUAUAGUAAUAUCACAGUUGCUAUCAUCAAAAACGAGGAAAAAAGCGAUUUCUUAUUGCGUCGUAUGCUGUCUGACCGAACGGAUACUCGGUUAACAAACAGCAAAGUUGCAUGUACCUCUGAAACAGUAAAAUGGAAUUGAUCAGCAUAGCGUUGGUGUCACUGUGUUUGAUAUUCGACGUGACAUACUUCGUCAAGGUAGGCCUCCAAUGUCUUCCGUACCUACUUGGCUUCAAGAAGAAGAUACGAGACGUGCACGAAGACGUUGAAUCGUACGGCAUCUGUUUACCAUUCGAUUUGGAUUAUAUGUUGCAUAUGAACCAUGGUAAAUACCUUCGCAGUUUCGAGUAUGCAAGGGGAGUAUUUGUUGGUGAUACAGGACUGCUAGACUUCGUUCUCGACCUCCGAAAGACAAACCGUAAUUUCGUAAUCGCUGCUAUGGCGAUUCGUUACCGGAAGCCGGUGACUUGUUUUGAGACAUACAAAAUUAUCACCAAGUUAGUCUUAGCCGAAGAUCGACACCUGUUCUUCGAACAGUGGCUCGUCGGCAUUAAGGACGAAUUUAUCAAGGCCGCCUGCUAUUGCAAGGUAACUAUGACCCAAUCUGGAGACCUACGGGAAAUUUUGCAAGCGCGAGGAAUUGAGCCCAGGGUCUUCUGCGGACCUAUUACGGAGGAUCUUCAUCAUUUCAUCGAGUUGAACCGGGCCUCUAGUGAGAAGCUUAACCCUACAAGGGGAGCCUUAAAAGUCGAACAAAAAAAACCUACCAAAAAGGAGGAAUAGUUGUAUCGAUAGUAAUAAUUAAUCUACUACGGGGGGCUAAGUGUUGUAUAAUGUAUGCGGUAUAAUAUAUUGGAUAUAGCCCUGUUAUACAUAUGUUCUUGGUGACGCGAAUAUUUAACGACUGGCAAACCGAAUGCGUAGGAAUUUCCCAGUAUGAUACCUAUUUUGAUUGAUGCCUAUCGUGUAAAUGUACGAUAUCGUGAUGCUGAAUGAUCGUAUCUUCUCGCGCGCUUUAUUAAAAUCGCAAUUUCUUCUUAUAGAUUCGUUCCAUACGUACACAGCUCUCGAAUAAUGCAGGAUGCAUUCAGGUACCGAGCUACAUUGUAAAACAAUGAUGAGAUGGCCGGCGUACAGCAUCAUUGUAUUGCAUAAUUUCACUGUGUUUCACUGUGUUUUUGUUAUUUCGGUGAAUGCUUAGUGUAACAGUGAAAACCUUAAGUAACCCUUAUUAUAAUUCCGAAGCCAGAUCGCCAUAUUUUUGUGGCUCGACUAUAUACGAUUUGGUUUUCGCAAACUUUGGCAAAGAUGCAAUUCUAUUCUGUGCUCAAAUGUUAUUAGAAUCCAUAUAGGAGUAGAAAAUAAUCCAGGUUUUUUUCGGCCCGGUAGAUCAUUCAAUUGUAUUGAAGCUGUUACUUCCGAGGACUGCCACAUAAGUACUUGUGGAGAGUUGAAAACGCGUGUCUUUUUGAGGUCACUUUAUCUAAGCUGUGUGUAAUAAUCCGACCGUCUCCUUUUAUACGUUAGGUUAUCUUUGAGGAGCCAACAUAACACGUGUUAAUUAGUAAACCAAGUCCUUAUCGAAAGUCAUAUGAUGAAAGACCACUGAACUAAGUAAUAAGUUCGUCAUCUAUCACUGCAUCUACAUUUCUUUUCAAAACCUCACCUAUAGGCGUAGCCAUUGUUAAAUAGCCCGUGUAAGGCCAAACUGAGUGUCGCUUGGCAUCACGGCUAUGGGCAUUUCUAUCUUUUUGAGAUACUUUAGGUAGGCGCAUAAAAUAGAUGCGGGCUUAAGUUAUAUUAGUUUAUAAAGAUGCUGAUCUCUUGACAGGGAGUUUAAAUAACUUCUGUAGGGGCGGGGGCUAUCAAAGGGUUUACGAUAUGUUAAGUUUGCUAAUCGAACGCGAAUUUUGAUCAUUUUCGUGUUGGUAGUGGAUGAUUAAUUUACAUGUUACUAGUUGUUACCUUGUUAGUGGUUGAUCUUCAGCUUACAGUUAUAUCUAUAUGGUCGCUGACUAAGUUAAAAAUCAAAAAAAGAAAUAAAAAUAAUUUAACAAAAGCUAGAAAGCUUAUAUAUAUAUAUAUAUAUAUAUAUAUAUAUAUAUAUAUAUUAUAUGGGGCGCUCUAUUUUUAAUUGCUGUUAAUAGUUUUGAUUUUUUCGUGAAAAACCAAAUAUGUUAUUAUAAGCUCUUGAAAUGUUAACUAGUGGAUCUCGUCAAUUCAAACGCGCGGCAGCAUGUUUCCAGCAUGCUUACGUAAUUGAACUCAUAGCUACAAGGUAGGUUAAAAAGCACGGCUUUGAAAAGCCCCUGUUUGUUACCGUUUCAUUUUAGAAACUUACAUGUAUUGCACUUGCAACUGUCGGUAAAAGACAAAAAACAAUCGAAUAAAAACGUUCUGAUAACAACAAUUAUCUGAUUGUGUAGAAGUAAAAAACGUUGGUUAAUAGUAUACCUAUUAACACCGCCGAAAAACUAGGACAUAAUCAAGCACUGGAUUACUAGAGGCAAUAUGCCUUUUAAAAGCCUGAUCAAAGAAAAUGCUUGCUAAUACACAAAUAUCAUUGCCUGUCACCAUUUAGCACUUGUGGCAACGACAUGGAGUACGACAGUAUUGUCUUAAGCUCGUUUUGUUUUGUUUUGUUUGUAAUGAGGUGAACAUCAUGCGUCUCCAGAUGUUCAGGUUUGGAGUACCGAAUUUUGUUGUUAGGUUAAACGCCUAUGUAUUAAAACAAGGUGUGAUAAAUGUAUCUUGUCAUUUUCAAAUUUUUUUGAUCCAAACACACACCCACACGCAGAAAAAAAAAAUAUAUAUAUAUAUAUAUAUAUAUGUAGGUCUCUAAUGAGUAACUAAUUUUGUGGAGGAAAUACGUCGUACGUGAUACUAUGUUCAGGGCUAUAUCAACAAAAAAUCGUAGAGCAAAAGCGAUAGCACAACUUGUUAUUUGUUUGUUAUGUUCCGGAACUGUUUUUUUGCCCAAUUUCAUCUUGACUGUAAUAGUAGGACAGCAAAAAAGCAUAUGCCACUGAAGCUCUAUGUGGAAAAAUGAAAAGUGAAUAAUCUCAAUUUCACGUUCGGUCUCAUUCGAUAAAAUUUGACGGUGGUAUGAAAAAACUAAAUAGUUCAAUUAAGACGACCUUUAGUUAAUCCUAUGUUUAUGUUACAUAUAUGCAGGGUGUUGAGCCUAAAUCUGGACUUCGUGCUGCGUUUCUAAGACUGCAUCUAUUCUAUAUCUAUCUAAGACUUCAGGUAUUUUAACGUUACUAUUUUGCAUGCGCUAAAAGUGUCAUUUAGACGGCUAUAAUUAUUUUACAUUACUGCCGUUUUCCCCGACUACAACUAUAAUAAUAAAUUACUCAUUAGCCAUUCUCGUAAAGCGUUUUUUGGUGCGUGAACACUUGUUAAUGUAUAGACAACAAAUUUCGGUGAAAUUAUAUUUUGGAUUGAUAUCCCGCCUACGAAAUUCAACGGGUCGAAACUGCCAAAAAGUCCAAAAGGGGCAAAAUAUCUCCAAAAGAGUAAUUGAUCAAGCUUAUCUAUCUAGAUGGCCACUCUCUUUUGUCCAAAACGGCUGUUAAUUUUUAUUAUGUCGCUUUUUAUGCAAUUUGUGAAGAUUUUCUACCUCAUGACGAAUCUGACUAUUGAGAAUCAUCCGGUUUAUCUCGUGAAGGUCUUCAUCAGACUUCACGGACGCAAUAACGUGGACCGUAGCCUUUGGUUGAUGUCUUGCUUAGCGCGAGGAGAUUGUAGAGAAGCUGGUCUUUGAUCAAAUUCUGAAAACGACGGUUUGACAAAACCUGAACGCGACGAAAGGUUUGUUCUAAAAAUAGUGAACAUAACGGAACCUAUUUGCGUUAUUUUCCAGCGAGGAAACAUUACGACUUUCAGGCUAUAUGGGACAGCUAAGUAUCUUUGCGUAUUAUUGAAUUUUAGUUGAGCGAUAACGCUACCUUGUUUCACGACUACAGUUUUGCCUGUUUCAAGGACAAACUGUAAAAUCAUAAGAUCAAGUUAUUAUCGUCUUAGAACUUAUGUUGGCAAAGGUGAGAUGGAACUAAAUGGGCCAUCGCAUUUCGAAUCCAUUCUAUUAUACACAAAGGUAACUACAAAGGUGCUUGCAGAGUGCAACUCAGCACAAUAGGGACGCAGAUAUGUGUAUAUAUGUCAAUUUAAAGUAAGACAUCGUAGUUUUGUAUCUAUCGUGCCACAUGGAAUCGCUCUUAAAACAAAUUGUCGACGACCUAACGCAUUGUACUGGUGAAACAAUGUUUCACACCUAUGCACCACAGUAAGAUUAAUGAUCACGAGAAUUUACUACGUAUCAUUAUCUAAACCAGAAUCAUACAUAACUAUAAUUGUUAUACAGACUUCAAUUAAAUCAAGCUGGCUUUGAAGAACGGCGCGCAUAUUCCUACCGUCUUUCUUUCUCUUCGCACAAAACACAACUCGUGGAUGUGCCAUUUGGGUCAUUUAGUAUGGUCGACUCCACAUAGCGUGGUAGGAUCCAUCUACUCUGGGCCUUUAGUAGACGGAUCAUAGCC